AGCACCUAGUCAAACGACCCAAUCACAAACUCUGGUCGUUAUGAUGUUAUUGAAGGAUAAGUGACAACACUCAGUCUGCAUGAAUAGUGGAUCACUCACAUACUACACGGAGUCUCCAUCGCAGGCGCUCAGAUUUCACAGGACCUUCAAGCAGCCAGACCCCAUGAGCAAGGCAUAUCAUAAAGAUAGUUCACAUUGCCCCUAAAGGCCAUCCAUGGACUAAUAUUACUUCGCGUGGAACUGGAGUGGUGACCUAUAAUCUGUUUCUGGGCCGGUCGACCUGUGUACAGAUCAUCGUCAACUUCGUCCGCUCAAGUUGUCUCUCUGUUAUCCUCCAGACUACGGUUGUGGAGAUAUCAUGGAGAAAGCGGAAGCUCGUAUUCCUUAUCCUUCUUCUAUCAAAGUUCUUGACGACGUAGAGAAAUGUUCUUCAGCAGAGGAAGCACGGCUUGAAAACACAAUCUACGUUGCGGAUCCUAAUGCUGAGAGAAGAUUAGUGAGACGAAUAGAUAUACGUCUGCUUCCGGCCUCCAUGUUCAUAUAUCUGCUUUGCUUCCUGGAUCGUUCCAAUAUCGGCAAUGCGAGACUGUUGAACAGCGCAACUGGGGACUCACUGGCCCAAGUAACUCAGAUGUCUGAACAGCAGUAUCUCAUCGCCCUCAUGAUCUUCCUCAUCUCGUACACAAUCUUCGAAACCCCAUCCAACUAUAUGCUGAAGAAAUUACGACCAAGUCGUUGGCUUGCAUUCUUGAUGCUCGGUUGGGGUGCCAUGACCAUGAUUCUAGGCCUCUUCCCCGGGAUCAUAUAUUGUUUGACAUUCUGGUAUAAACCCGAGGAACGCGCAUUGAGGGUAGCAUUUAUACUGGCUUGCGCUACUCUGGGCGGUGCCUUUGGCGGAGCGAUUGCUUUUGCAGUGGGCCAUAUGAACCGAGUGGGAGGCCUACAGGCGUGGAGAUGGUUAUUUAUACUGGAAGGAGCAUCUUCAUGUGCCUUUGCCGUCCUGACCUUCUUUUUCUUUCCUGACUUUCCGGAGACCGAAACAUGGCUAUCGUCUGAGGAACAUCACAUGGCAAGAGACAAAGAUACACUGACCGACUGGCGGUUAUACCUGCACUACUUCGUAUUUGUCUCCAUUUCCGUACCCUUCUCGAGCAUCUCGCUGUUCGCGCCAACCAUCGUUUCCGGUCUAGGCUAUGAAGGCCUCGACGCACAACUGUUCACUCUACCUCCAUAUGCACUUGCAUUUGUAGUGACCGACGCGGUUGCAUGGUACUCAGAUCGACAAGAGAAGCGUUCCUGGGGAACCUUCUCAUGUCUACUCCUUGCCGGUAUCAGCUUUUUGGUGCAAGGUGCCCUUCCACCAACAUCCUUCAAGGCGCGGUACGGUAUGCUCUGCGUCGCUGUGUCUUUCUCUUUUGCCAGCAUCCCCCCACUUCUCAGUUGGCUUAUGGCCAACUUGCGAAGCACUGGGGCCUCGACGCUUGCUAUCCCCCUGAAUGUCACAACUGGACAAAUUGGACAAUUCAUUGGAAUUUACAUAUUCAAGGCAUCAGAAGCUCCAGGAUACCCCACAGGACACUAUACCAAUGCCGCCUUCCUCAUUGCGGGUGCGGUCGUUGCGUUAAUGCUUAGACGCGUAUAUAUCCGUCGGAACAAAGCGUUGGGACCUCAAGACAGGGCUUGGCGAUUGUAAGAUGGUGGUCAAUUUGGACGCAGUGCUCGAGAGUCUCUUCAUUCCGGUUCAUCCAAAAGUCAAGGAGUGAGGGUUGUAGCAUUGCGUCCUAAUCAAUAUUAUAAGUGUAU